CGGGAACCCGGUGGGCAACUACUGCUUCGCUAGCGUGGGUUUAAAGGGGUUGAAGUUGGAGGUGGGCACAGGGCGGAUCGCCCAUCCGAAGGAGCCGAGGCUCAGAGCCUGCAUCGCUCUGCAGCAGGAAGCUGCACCUGGGAACCGGCCAUGCGGAGCGACUCAUCGACAACCUUAGCCGGAUCGAUGGGGGCAGCUGGUCCCCUCCGGAGCAGCGAACCCAUACCCACCGGCCCCCCAACCCCACUGGUGGUAUUCCUGCUGGAAGAGGCCUCUGACCAGCUCGUGGUGGAUUUGGACUUCAGGGCGGCCCUGGAGACAUGUGAGCGGGGCUGUGAGAUCCUGGCCUCCGAUCCCGAGGAUGGGAGCAGGGACAACUCUGCAGAAGUGAAAUGCUCCCUGUGUGUCGUGGGGAUCCAGGCCCUAGCGGAGAUGGACCGGUGGCGGGAAGUCCUGCCGUGGGUCCUCCGGUACUACCCGGGCCCGGAGAGCCUGCCUCCUCAACUCCUGGAGCUGUGCAUCCUCCUGUACAGCCGAGUGCAGGAGCCCCAGGUGAUGCUGGAGGUGGCGGGCGGUUGGCUGAGAGAGCCAGCUAACCAGGGCCUGCGGGACUACGGGGCUUUGGUGGAGCUUCACCUGCUGCGGGUCCUGUUGCCGCUGGGCCGCUGGGCAGAGGCGCGGGAACUGGCCCGGGGCUGCGCGGGACUCAGUGAGGAGCAGCGGCUGGGAGCCCUGGAAGCCAUCGACAAGGCAAGACAGGAGGAGGGGCAGCCCGGUCCCGAGGAGGCCACUCGGCCAGCCCAAGAGCAGCAGUGCCCCCCGCCCAAGGAGAAACGGGAAGGCUCCGUCCCCCACAAGGUCUUGGUCCUGCUGCUGUGGCUGCGGCGAGUGCUGGCGUCGGGGGCGGGUCACCUCCUGGCCCUUCCUUUCAAGAAGGCCCUGCUGGCUGCUUUGGUCCUGGGCCUCCUGGUGCUCAGGUUUGACCCAGGCAGCCCUUCCUCGCUGCCUCUCCUGCACAGGCUGGCCCAGCUCUUCCGCUGGCUCCGAGGAGCCGUGCUCUCCCCCCUCUACCGGCCCCUGAUCCGGGACUGAGCCGAGGGUCCUGCCCCAGUGCAUCCCACCUCUGCUCGCCCCUUGAGCAGUUGCACUCCCAUGAUUGGGGAAAGGGGGCUGGAAAUGGAGAUUCCCCAGGGCUCCUGGAAAGUGACAUCCCCCACAGAUCUGCCCCCCCAUCCCUCGAGCCAGGCUGCAAAGGAACAGAAUUGACUGUGGGGAAGGUGGGCCUGAACUAACCUUCACUGCUGCCCGUCUCCAGGAUAGGGUGGGGCAGGGUUUAAGGAUCCUGCCCCCUCUUUAAGGUCCUCCCUGCGGAGGGGCCCCUGAAAGGGUUGUAACAUUUGGAAUCCCACCUCUCCUGCCACUCACAGAUUUGCACAUGCACACACACGUAUGCACUUGCAACACAUAUGUGUGCAGGCACGCUCACACAUAAAGAAUGAGGUAUUCUGUUGCCCUUAGCAAGCACUGGGAAAGGGAGCUCUAUGGGGAGGUCUUCAAGGGGGAUGGAAGCUUGCAAAUCAUGAAAGGGAGGGCCAGGAGAAGGGGAGCAGGAAGGUCUCGCAGGUUGGGCAAUGUGACUUUGGAAGACUGAAGAGGUCCGCUCUACUUGAUUGAGCCUGAUCCUUGCCCUCGAAAGGGGUUUUCCUUUGGAGGAUGCCCAAGGGCGGCAGCAAGCCCUGCCCCUUCCUCCAUUUUCCCGACCCCGGCCUUCACCCCCUAGUCUCCUCUUGGGGUUUUAACUCCGCUCUUGAUCCCGAAGUACGCAGGCCAGCCGGGGUCUGGCUAAACAGGAGGAUGAUGGUGGGGGGUGCCACCCUGCUGCCCGGACCUCCUGGGGGGGCGGGGGGAGUGCCAACUUAGCACUGGGCCCCUCGCUUACACUCUCAGGGCAAGACCCUGCCCCACCUUCCCCCUCUGCUGAAAGCAAACAAGAGUCUUCAGCUUCCUUAUCUCUCAGGGUAAAGUGACUCUGUCUGUUGCACCUUGGCCCACAGCUCCAUUUUCCACUGGGCUGGGCGGGGAGGGACUGGCUCGGCUCCGUUACUCUGACUGUCAGUGGCCCCACUUCUGCCUUGCUCAAGGGAAUGGCCGUGUGGGUGAUUUUGAGGGCCCCAGCUGAGACAAGGACACCUCUGGCCCCGGUCUACUGUAACUCCCCCUCCCCAAUUUGCCCCCCUGGAUCUCCGCCCCCAUUUUGAAGACGAGAGCUGGCAUUUGGUGCGGGGCUCCAUUUUCACUCGGGCAGCCUGAGAAGCGGGCCGACACCGAGGUCGGACGGGCUGGAGACGGAGCCUGGGAUGCUAAUCGGAGCCGGAGGAGAGGGAGAACACAUGCCAGAAAUAAAACUUUGGCUGAAAAGAG